CCGUGGCUCCGGGACCGGUCUGUGGCUCGGGCGGGGUGCGCAGGUGAGGACGAUGGCCAGCCCAGAGGACGACCUCAUCGGCAUCCCCUUCCCUGAGCACAGCAGCGAGCUGCUGAGCUGCCUGAACGAGCAGCGGCAGCUGGGGCUGCUCUGCGAUGUCACCAUCAAGACGCAGGGGCUGGAGUACCGCACCCACCGUGCCGUCCUGGCUGCUUCCAGCCGCUAUUUCAAGAAGCUCUUUGCCGGGCCGGGGCCGGGCCAGGAGGUCUGCGAGCUGGACUUUGUGGGGCCGGAGGCACUGGGAGCGCUGCUGGAAUUCGCGUACACGGCCACGCUGACCAUCAGCAGCGCCAACAUGGGCGAGGUGCUGCGCGCUGCCCGGCUGCUGGAGAUCCCCUGUGUCAUCGCUGCCUGCGUGGAGAUCCUGCAGGGCAGCGGCCUGGAGGCGCCCGGCCCCGAUGACGGCGACUGCGAACGCGCCCGCCGCUACCUGGAGGCUUUCUCCAGCCUCCCCGAGGGUGAGGUGCCUGCCCCGCCGCCCCCCCGCCCCACCCCGCGCCGCAGCAAGAAGACCCGCAAGUUCCUGCAAGCCCGCGGUGCCCAGCUCAACAACCACGCCGCCGAGGAGCCGCCGCCCGCAGCUGAGGCCGAAGGCUCCGGCAGCCCCCCGCCGCCCUCCCAGCUGCCCUCACCCCCUCUGCCCGAGGGGCUCUCCCUGCCCUACGACAGCUUUGAGCUGCCUGAGGAAGAGGAGCUGCCCCCACACUCCUUCCCCUUCCCUUACCAGCCCCCCUUGUCCCCUGAGGAGGCACCUUCUGACGAGGAUGCCAUCGACCCCGACCUGAUGGCGUACCUGAGCUCGCUGCACCACGAGUCGCUGGCGCCCGGGCUGGACAGCCCCGACAAGCUGGUGAGGAAGAGGCGCUCGCAGAUGCCCCAGGAGUGCCCUGUGUGCCACAAGGUCAUUCACGGUGCUGGCAAGCUGCCCCGCCACAUGCGCACGCACACGGGCGAGAAACCCUUCGCCUGCCAGGUCUGCGGGGUCCGGUUCACACGGAACGACAAACUGAAGAUCCACAUGCGGAAGCACACGGGUGAGCGGCCCUACUCCUGCCAGCACUGCAGCGCCCGCUUCCUGCACAGCUACGACCUGAAGAACCACAUGCACCUGCACACGGGCGCCCGGCCCUACGAGUGCUACCUCUGCCACAAGGCCUUCGCCAAGGACGACCACCUCCAGCGGCACCUGAAGGGCCAGAACUGCCUGGAGGUGCGGACGCGCCGCCGCCGCCGCGACGAGCCGGCCCCGCCGCCCACCGGGCCCGCAGGCCUCGACCUCUCCAACGGGCGCCUGGAGGGGCUGCGCCUCUCCAUUGCCCGCUACUGGGCUCCAGGGCAGCCCGAGGAGGAGGAAGAGGAGCAGGAGGGUGAGGAAGGGCCGCAGCCCGACGGCACCGUGCCGGUGGAGACGGCGUAGGGGCGAUGCGACGGCGGCAGGUGUCGUGGCGUUCCAUGCCGAGCUGUGCCGUGCCCGCUGGGGUUUCUGUUCCUGUUUUUCCCGUCACGGUUCAUUCCUAGUUAUGCAAAGGGGGAAAAUCCCCUCGGCCGAUUUGCACAAGGGGGUGGGGGGCCCCUAUCACCCCCCCCACCACCGUGCCCGGGCCCACCUGGUCAUGCCCAGGGCGGGUGAUGAUGGGGGAUCGGGACUUGGAUGUCCCCCCCACCAAACCCCUCGUGGGUGCCAGGACCGGGCAGGGGCAUCCAUGGACCAAGGCCCCCCCCCAGGUGGGGAGAGCCCCCCCAUCCUCCCCAGUGGAGGGGGGCACUGCCCUA